AUGACGAUUCGCUCGUUAUUUCUUGUAUCGACCGUUUGGCAACCUAAUUCUAGCUUAAAAGACAAGAAAUCCAUGCUGCAUCAAUCAAAUAACCAUCCUAUACCGCGAAUAGAAGUUAAUGGACUAAGGAAAAUAUCAAUCCCUGGAAGUCUUAUUAAUUCACUGCCAUGGAAAACUCCUAUAGAAUUGGGAAAUUCUCAAAAUCAUCAACAAUCAACAUCAAUCAAAUCAUCAGAGAUUCUGGAUAGUUACUAUCCGGGAGGUUGGCUGCCUAAAUUGAGCAAGAAUAAUUACCGUGUUCGUGUUGAAUUACUGGGAAAUAUAGACGUUUUCGGUAUGGCAAAUGCAGUUACAGAAAGUGAUCUUCAAGCUUAUCUUCUACGAACUCAAAGAAAUAUUGAGAAUAGCCAGCUAUCUGGUCAACAGCCAUGCGUCCUACCGGAAAAAAUUGUUAUUAUCAUUGAUAUGUUCCUGUUCGAUAUGAAAUUCUUAUGGAACGCUUUAAAAAUGGGCAACAGUUUCUUUAGUCAGAUCUGUAACGCAUUCAUGAAAAUAUGGCCGGGAAUGAUAGAGAAAAUUUAUAUCAUUCGAUGUCCUAAAAGUUUUCACAUCUUUUAUUGGACGUAUAAGAGCUUAUUCAUAAAGGAAUUUCGGAAAAAGGCUGUUAUAUUACCAAAUUAUCAUUAUCAAAGUGUUCUUGUAGAUGAACUUGGCGCUGAGGUAGUACCAGCUUGCUAUGGAGGUAAUUUAACCGAUACUAAUGAAGAUCCAAAUUGUUCGGAAUGGUUGGCUUACCCGCAUAAGAUUCCCAAAUAUUUAUAUGGUAAGGCUUUGCCAUCGCUUCAUUUUGGCACGUGGAAGGAAUGCAGUGUUGGGAGAAAAUCUGUUUAUGAUAUUGACGUGGAGAUAUCAGUUGCUGGCAGUACAUUAAGAUGGGAAAUCGUAUUCCAAUCAAAUUAUAUAAACGUUGGAUUAUACUAUAAAGGCACUGAUAAGACUAAUCCUAUCAAGAAAGAUGAGGACGCUGUAAUUGCUCAAAAGACUAUGAAGGCUAAAUGUACUCCAACGUGUGAUGGGUGCUUCUGUAUCUUUCCCGGUUAUUAUACCCUAGAACUAGACAAUUCGCAUUCACUAUUACAUUCUCAGAAAAUCUGGUACUGCAUUCAAGUUGUGGAACCAAGUGUUGAAGAGCAACGGAUAUAUUUGAAUCCAUUUAGUGAAAUUACAAAUUUUUAA